UACACAAGCAGUCUCGAUGGCCUCUGCAGUAUCGGCAACGCUCAAUAAGUUACGGGACAAGACACUUAUCAUCCCGGAAGCACGGCAGCCGAAGUCGAAAGGACAGGUUGGGCUUGAUCAAUGGCCUUCACUGUUCCAAACAGCCGUAGUAGCCACGGCACUGAAGGUUCUGCUACUGCCUGCCUACAAAUCUACAGACUUUGAGGUUCAUCGGAAUUGGCUGGCUAUUACUCACUCGUUACCGGCAAAGCAAUGGUAUUAUGAGGCGACCUCACAGUGGACGCUGGACUAUCCUCCAGCAUUUGCCGUUUUUGAAUGGCUCCUUUCACAACCAGCGAGUCUCAUAGACUCUGCAAUGCUCCAAGUAGAGAACCUGAACUACGACUCGUGGGCAACAGUCUGCUUUCAGCGAGCAUCUGUCAUUGUCACAGAGCUUCUACUAGUAUACUCUUUGCAAAAGUACACGGAGACAUCACCACUUUCGACGCGACGUCAAAGUCAUGCUGUGGCGCUAUCCAUCCUACUUUCUCCAGGUCUUUUCAUCAUUGACCACAUCCAUUUUCAGUACAAUGGUUUCCUAUACGGACUGUUGAUUCUCUCUAUUGUCCUCGCGAGAAGAGAAUCGACCAUGCUGUACAGUGGCAUACUCUUCGCACUGCUCUUGUGCCUUAAGCACAUCUACCUGUACCUGGCACCGGCUUACUUCAUCUACCUUGCACGAGUAUACUGUCUGCACCCAAACAACAUGUUGCGGCCGCAGUUGAUGAACAUCUUGAAGCUCGGCACCAGCAUCGUGGCCGUCUUUGUUGCGGCAUUUGGUCCCUUUGCUGCCUGGGGCCAACUCGACCAACUCAAAAGCCGGCUCUUUCCCUUCGCAAGAGGCCUUUGUCACGCAUAUUGGGCACCGAAUGCGUGGGCUGUGUACUCUUUCCUUGACCGAGUAUUGAUAGUGGCGGCGCCUUAUCUAGGCUUGAGUGUUGACCAAAACGCAGUCCAAAGUGUUACUCGAGGUUUGGUCGGCGACACAGCCUUUGCCGUCUUGCCGGACAUUUCAGCUGCGCAGUGUUUCGCCAUCACUCUAUCCUUUCAGGUCAUCGCGCUGACGAAGUUGUGGCUCUCACCUACUUGGGACUCCUUUGUGGGAGCCAUCACACUUUGUGGAUAUGCAUCAUUUCUCUUUGGAUGGCACGUUCACGAGAAGGCUGUUCUGUUGGUCAUCAUACCUUUCAGUCUUCUAGCCAUCAAGGACCGCUCAUAUCUUGCAAGUUUCCGGCCUCUGGCGGUCGCUGGACAUGUGUCGUUAUUCCCUCUUCUGUUUACGUCGGCUGAGUUCCCGAUCAAGGUCGCCUACACAUUAGCAUGGUUGAUCAUCUUCCUUCACGCUUUUGAUCAACUGGCACCGGCGCCUUCAAGGAGAAGAGUGUUUCUCUUGGACCGAUUCGCACUGCUUUACAUUGCCAUCUCGAUUCCUCUGAUGGUCUACUGUUCACUGGUGCAUGGCAUAGUAUUUGGAGACAGAUACGAAUUCCUGCCACUGAUGUUCAUCAGUACGUACUCGGCAAUAGGAGUGCUGGGGUCGGGGUUGGGGUUCAUGGUGUGUUAUCUGUCAUGACAGCAUAAUUCGAGACCGGAGACACUAGCAUAACAGCUCGAAUGGUCUCAUGGACAACUGUAUAGAAAGCCUUCAAUGCUGUAGUUAAGUGCAUCGACGGGUUCAAAAUGGUUUAUAGCAAUUCUCCUACAUG